AUGGCGGAGAUCUUUGAUUUUAGUCGCGGCAAUCAGCGCGAGGUGUUUGUGGAUCGGUAUUUGUGGCGCGCCAUCUUUCUGGCGGGGGACGCAGACUCCACCGAUCAUGUAUCACAGAGUUUGGAUCCGAUGGCAGCCUACAUCCGCCUCCAUAACUACCAUGGUAAAAUGUACAAGAAAACCUUCCAGACACGGCUCAUAAGAAUCGACAAGAAUGACAGAGCCGACAGAACCGACAAGACCGACAGGGCGAAUACGAUUAAUAGGACUGCUUUUGACUUCAUGACUGUCCGGGUAUCCGAGUAUUUGUAUCCGAGUAUCUGUAUCCGAGUAUUUGUAUCCGAGUAUUUGUAUCCGAAAGUUCCAGGGCGACUCAUGUUUAUAAUAACAAUAAUGGCGCAGCCUAUAAGCAAGCUGUUUGAAACUGCGAUAGGCGCGUUUAGGCAAUGGUAUCAGGGAUAGCUGGCUAGAGCAGUCCUCGAGCGCGCAAAUGUGUAUCAAAUGAGGAUGCUAUGUCUUUGAUCUUGCCGAUUUGGAAAUAUGCGCUACUGAGCCGAGCAAUUAUGGUUAUUAUCAUUGUUAUUAGCAUCAUUUUUGCACCAUCGGCGAUGAAUAUACCUCGACGAUUCAUUGUUAUACUUCAUCGAGCUUGAUCAUGGUCACAAGUGUACGAUUGGCGCGUAGUUGGCC